AUGGCCGAUCGAAGUUGAAUGUAUGAGAGAUAUUUCGGGUGAAUUUCAUAUAUAUCAGGGAACAUUCUGUACAUUAUAAGUAUCAAAUUGUUUAGGAAAAUGGGACAAAAUCUCAAUGAAGCUCCUGCGAGCUCACGGUUAACUAUAAUUGAAGCGGCAAGAAAGAUCGAGCGAUACUGGUGUUCUUAUCGGGACAAGCAAAUGUUCAAGUUGCUAAAAUAUGCAAUAUGUGCGGCGGAACAUUCUCUUACGUAUGAAGUGCUUAGAAAGGUGUCACCGGUAGAAGCAGAUCUCCUGCGUGAUCCUGUGAUCCAAGCACGAGUGAGAUUCAGAUUUGGAGGAGCAGAAUUUCCACCCAUAAUUUUGUUCAAGAUUUUUAUUCACAGCGGAGGACAUGGUGUCAAGUAUUAUUGUGGCAAAAAGGUCAUUAAACCUGCUUCUGAGGCAGCUUGUGACUCCCUUAAAUUGAUGGGAAAUCGGAAAUUCUGUGAUCAGUUAAUAGCUGACACGUGUCAGCAUGAGAAAGACAGAGUAACUGAUGAAACUGAUGUAACAACAAUGAAAGAUUAUAUGCAGUAUUUAAGCCAUUUAGAUGAAUGUCCUGCAGCAACAGGAGGAAAAUCAAACACUUGGAGAAGACUCACUCUUGAAGCCAUACCACGGCAAAAUAUAGUACAUGAUAUCUUCAGUUAUGUGGCAUGUGGUAUCUCGACCACACGACUGCUUGAGGAGUGUCCAGAUUUGUUGGCAUUGAGACCAGCUACUCAAGAAAUUCAAGUAGCCAGCAUCAAGGCAAUUCCUUUGUACAGGAAGAAACGGCAAGUAGAUUACACCAUCUCGUCUCCAAUCAGAAGGUCAAAACAAGCCAAAGCAAGGGUUGCAAAAAUGCGGAAAAUGUUUGGAAUGGAUUCUCCAAAACUGCCUGAGAGUUGCCCGGGAGGUACACCAGUAACACAGGUGCCUGAUGUUGAUUUGUUUCAAGACGAGGAUUGGGAAGAUCAAGCUGACAAGUUAUAUGAAUGGACACAAACUUUAUCUUUGGAUGAGCUUGGAGUCACCUCCCCAUGACAUCUGACAAAUUGAAAAAUUGGAAUGAAAAUGUGUAUAAGUUGAGAGGGAGGAGGGAUAAAGGAAAGAAUGGUUUGGAGUCAAAGGGAAGGCCAUCAGGCCUGGAUUCAGUGGACAUCUCAAGAUAAUGGCAUGGAUCAACAGUUGGAAUGGAAAAAGCUGCCAAUGUUCCUGAUUUGUGGCAAAAACAAGGAAUAAUUUCAAUUGAUGAAUACCAUUUGCCUUGAUAUGUUUGCUAAAAGGCAGAAAACAUUAAUUAUAGCAGUUGUUGUCAAAAUACUUCUUGCUUACAUUUGACACGCCAGAGAAGUUUAAUAUUUUUAUUAGAUAGAUAGAUUAAUUGUUUGACAUGGAAUGUGUUGCUAAAAUGAUCUUUCAAUUACACCUACAAUGUAUUUUUAUAAACAUUACAACAAGUUAGAGUAAAUGAUGUAAUAAAUGAGUCCCCACUAAAAUGUAAUAACAAAUGUACAUGUAAAGGUAAUGAAACAAUGGUGUUCUAAUUCUUGGUUUAUUAUUAUUAUUAUGUGCUUACUAGUUGAAAUGAAUUAAUUGAACCAGAGCAAAGAUCAGAAAGCCUUUGGAUAUGUCUUGUUUAUGACAAUUCAAAUUACUAAUAAAUAAUACUAUUUAUACA